GAUUCGCAUACAACGCACAUGUUCAUUGGCAGUAGUGUUAUUCGUGUACAAAAUUUCAUUAUUUCUGUAACAAUGAUACUUUAAUUAAAUUUAUAACAAUAAUUCAACAAACGAGAACUUAUAUAUCAAUAAAAUUGAGUCAUCGCUUUUUUUCUAGCGGCUGUUAAUUGUAAAAGUAUAUUAAAUUGUAACUGCAUGUGCUGGUUCCACGUGAUUAUCUUUUCAGUUUCCUAACCUCACUUAUUUUUGUCUGAAAGUGAUAGAAAUAAUAAAUAUAUCACAAAAUAUUUUAUAAUUUAUUUAAUUAAUAUUAACUUGAAGCAAUGAUUUCUGCCGAUAAAGUGUUGGUUCGUAAAAUUAAAAAACGAGAAAAAAAUAAAAUCAAAUUUUUAAAACAGCGAGAAAAGGAAAAAAGUGAAACUGUUGACGAUGAAACUGUUGAAGAUGAAACAGAAGUCGAAAGAACAGAUGAAAAAAACAAUGUUAAAAAACUAAAAAGAAAAAAUCCUCCAUUAGAUGAGGUGCCGAAAGAAAGUAAGAAAAAAAUUAAAGUGAAACGUCAAAAUCAUGAAGAUGCAUCGACGUUAGAAUCUGAAUCUAAUGGUGUUACAAAUUUAAAUGAUAAACAUUCAUCAUCAGAACGGGAUGAAACUACAGACAACUUACCAGGCUCUUCCAUUGGUUUAUCGAUAACCAAUAAUACGGCUUUUUCAACUUUAGAAAGCAAAGUUUGCGAACAAACGUUGAAAGCCAUAAAAGAUAUGGGUUUCGAGAAUAUGACUGAAAUUCAAGCAAAAACUAUUCCUCUACUUUUGGAAGGCCGGGAUUUAGUUGGUGCUGCUAAAACUGGCUCUGGAAAGACUUUAGCCUUCCUUAUUCCUGCUGUUGAACUUAUUUAUAAAUUAAAAUUUAUGCCUAGAAAUGGAGCUGGAUGUAUUAUUAUUUCACCUACAAGAGAAUUAUCAAUGCAAACAUUUGGAGUUUUGAAAGAAUUAAUGAAAUAUCAUUAUCAUACUUAUGGAUUAUUAAUGGGUGGUGCAUGUCGACAAACAGAAGCUCAAAAACUCUCUAAAGGAGUAAAUAUUAUUGUUGCAACUCCGGGUAGAUUACUUGACCAUCUCCAAAAUACUCCAGAUUUUCUUUAUAAAAAUCUUCAAUGCCUUAUAAUUGAUGAAGCUGAUCGAAUUCUUGAUAUAGGAUUUGAAGAAGAAUUAAAACAAAUAGUCAACAUAUUACCAAAAAGAAGACAGACAAUGUUAUUCAGUGCAACACAGACGAAAAAAACUGAAUCUUUGACAGCUCUAGCUUUGAAAAAAGAGCCUGCAUAUGUUGGAGUUGAUGAUGAGAAAGAAAAGGCUACAGUAGAAGGAUUAGAACAGGGAUAUGUCGUGUGUCCUAGUGAAAAACGAUUUCUCUUAUUAUUCACAUUCCUCAAAAAAAAUCGAAAUAAAAAAGUAAUGGUUUUCUUCAGUUCUUGUAUGUCUGUUAAGUAUCAUCAUGAGUUAUUAAAUUACAUUGACUUGCCUGUGAUGAGCAUUCACGGAAAGCAAAAACAAACUAAACGAACAACAACUUUCUUCCAAUUUUGUAAUGCUACGUCAGGUAUCCUUUUAUGUACUGAUGUUGCUGCUAGAGGUUUAGAUAUUCCUGAUGUUGAUUGGAUCGUACAGUAUGAUCCUCCAGAUGAUCCUAAAGAAUAUAUUCAUCGAGUGGGAAGAACUGCACGUGGAGAAGGAAGUAGUGGCCAUGCUCUCCUCAUUUUACGACCUGAAGAGCUUGGAUUUCUUCGGUAUUUAAAGCAAGCUCGAGUUCCUGUCAAUGAGUUCGACUUUUCUUGGAGUAAAAUAGCAGAUAUACAACUUCAAUUGGAAAAAUUGAUAUCAAAGAAUUACUUUCUCAAUAUGUCUGCGAAGGAAGCUUUCAAGGGAUAUGUAAGAGCCUAUGACUCUCAUCAUCUGAAGCAAAUAUUUGACAUAGAAACUUUGGAUCUUGUCCAAGUUGGCAAAUCAUUCGGAUUCACAGUGCCGCCUGCAGUUGAUUUGAAAGUGGGAGUAAGUAGAGAGUCACGACCGCGAAAGAGACUUGGAGGAGGAGGCUAUGGCUACUUCAAGAGUAUGAACAAUCCAAGUGCUGGAAAACAGAUACAGAAAAGUAAAACUUUUCGACAUAUAUCAAAAAAGAAUAACCCCAAACAACAUUCAAGAUGAUAGGACUGAAAUUUAACAACUGUUCUUAUAAUAAAAAUUUUACACUUGUUUAGUUCAAUCUAAACAUAAAAUAUAAUAAAUUAAAAAAAAAAAGAAAAUCCAUUGACAACCAUGUAAGUAAUUAACUACUUAUAAUGAUGUCCAUGAAAAUACUUUGAAUUUCUUUAUUUGAAAUAAUGUGUAUAAUAUUAAUAAAGCAGUGUUACAUUUUUAAAAAAAAUAAAGGUUGAACAGCUACCGAGAAC